AGCAGCGGAGGAGCUGAGUGAAGGAACCUGUUGGAUCAUUCAGUCUGAUCUGUCAUCAUCAUGGAGAGCAGGAGGCUGUCGGACGAGGCCGUGUCUGCUGCCUGCCAGGAGGGUCACCCCGUCACCCAGGACUUCAUGAUGCAGCAGACGAUGCUGAGGGUCAAAGAUCCGGUUCGAUCGUUGGACUUCUACACCAGAGUUCUGGGAAUGACGCUGCUGCAGAAAGUCGACUUCUCCGCAAUGCGGUUCACCCACUAUUUGCUGGGUUAUGAGAACAAGUCGGAGAUCCCAGCUGACAUUAAGGAGAGGACAGCGUGGACUUUCUCUCGCCGAGCCACUAUAGAGCUCACACAUAACUGGGGCUCAGAGAAUAUAGAAGACCUGUGCUACCACAACGGGAACAAAAUCCCACGAGGAUUUGGUCAUAUUGGCAUUGCUGUUCCUGACGUUGAUGCAGCCUGCAAACUGUUUGCAGACAGAGGAGUGACAUUUGUCAAGAAAGAAGACUUAGGUAAAAUGAAGGAUCAGACCUUCAUUCAGGAUCCUGACGGCUACUGGAUCGAGAUUUUAAGUCCAAACAGCAUGCUGUCCUUACUGUCACCGUAGAGCCGAGGCCCACAGAGGACUGUGGUGCUGUUAGUAUUAUGGGUUGUGAACACAGCUGAAACAAAAGAGCACAUUUUUGUCGCUCCUGGCUGUCUUGUGUUUUGUGUUGUUUUUUGUUAUGUUGCUCAGCUACUUGUGGUCCUUCAGAUUUUAACAUCCAUGCUUGUUUUUUUUUAAGAAGAACUGUAAAUAAGAAGUGUCUCUGUUAAAUCUGUUGAUGGCCUGUUGCAGUUUUGACGAUGUUUAAAAAAUCUGAAACCAUCUUCUGCUCCAUUCAACAGGGAAAUAUGCUUUUUAUUGCACUGCGUUUGUUGGACAGCUGUAGUUGUUUGUCACUCAAGUAUUAUGAAAAGCAUGAAAAGCUCAUGAAAUGGUGCUUUUUAAAAAAAAAACUAAACUAUAAACUGUUCCAACCAGUUCGGAUCAGUGGGGCAAAGCGAGCAUGUGAAGGGUUCACUUUGGGUUCUGGGGAAUUUCUAAAGUUUUAAAAACCAAACAAUCCAUCUGCUCACUGAGAAAGUUAGCAGAUUAAUCAGCAAUAAAAAGAUUAUUUGGUUGCACAUCAACCAGCUGCAGAAUACUGUUUACACACUAAGGCAUCAGGGAUAUUGAUCUAAUUAUAGUCAUGUUGUGCACUGAGUACUUUCAGUUUGAUACUUAAAGCACAUCUUUUUGUUUAUACGUGAACACUUAAGCAGGAUUUCCUGACUUGGACCUUGUAUUGUAUUUGUUUUGUACCUUUACAUAAGUAAAAGACCUGAAUACUUCCUACA